CGCGUGAAUGAGUUCAUCUUCCCAGUGGAGCUCGAUAACUUGUCUUUAGUCCAACCUAUUUAGUAGCUGACAUUUGCUGCUUUUUCAAAGAUAUUUCAUAUGGAUUACUCUGCGACUCAAAGUGGAUUUAGACAGCGUAAGUUACAACCCAGUAUGCGUCUGAGGAACAGCUCUGUAGAUGGUUCAGAUGGCAGCCAGCUGUUUGAGGAUACCAGUGGAGCUGGGCCUGGAUCUCAGGGUGCCUAUAGGAACCAGCAAGCUGGUCCUCAGGCUGCAGGAUUUUCUGGUCAGGCCUUCCUGUCAGACCCCAUGUCCAACCUGGCCAUGGCGUAUGGCAGCUCACUGGCAUCUCAGGGGAGGGAAAUGGUGGACAAGAAUUUGGACAGGUUCAUUCCCAUUUCUAAACUCAAAUACUACUUUGCUGUUGACACGGUGUAUGUUGGAAAGAAGCUUGGCCUGCUGGUUUUCCCCUACAUGCACAAGAACUGGGAGGUGAGUUACCAGCAGGACACGCCUGUCGCUCCACGUUUUGAUGUCAAUGCCCCGGAUCUGUACAUUCCUACCAUGAGCUUCAUCACAUACGUCCUGGUGGCUGGCCUGGCUCUGGGCACACAGAACAGGUUUUCUCCGGAGCUGCUGGGAGUUCAGGCCAGCUCAGCGCUGGUGUGGUUGAUCAUGGAAGUCCUGGCAGUUCUGUUGUCUCUUUACCUCGUCACUGUAAACACAGACCUCACCACCAUCGACCUUUUAGCGUUUUCUGGAUACAAAUACGUAGGAAUGAUUGUUGGUGUCGUAGCAGGGCUUUUGUUUGGGAGGCCAGCGUAUUAUCUCUCUCUUCUGUGGUGUUGUGCGGCCAUCUUUGUCUUUAUGAUCCGCACCCUGCGUCUGAAGCUCCUAUCUGAGGCGGCAGCUGAAGGGAAGCUGGUGAGAGGAGCCAGGAACCAGCUGAGGAUGUACCUCACCAUGUCUAUAGCAGCGGCGCAGCCCGUCUUUAUGUACUGGCUCACCUACCAUCUCAUCAGAUAAAAGCUGCGACUCACAGGCACGCGCUCGCUUGUUUAGAGAACGGACUCGGCUGGUUACAUGUCGGCCCAUAAAAAAUACAAUUAAACAACCUCCGAACACAAAGACUGAAUCACCCAUGAAGCAGAACACGACGAGACCGAGAAGAGGUGAAACAUUACUACCUUCUCUCACACAGCACAGCCUUGUUGUUAGGAUUGCCUUUUUAUAUUUAAUGUCUUUGUUUGUAGCAAGUUGCUUCAAGUUUUCUGUGUAAUUACAUGUAAUUGUUUUUUUUUUUAUAUAAAUAUUUAUGUAUGUUUGUAGGUAGUUAAACUAUCAUCGCAGAUUUUGUUUUUGGUCUGAUUGUCACAAGUGAUAUUUUUAAGCCACUAGAAAGGAAGCACAUUAACCUGACACAAACUGGACACUUGAUACAGUGAAGGAACUUGAACCUGGAUUACAAACUGAUCGGCUGGCUCGGCCUGAACGUUUAGUGAUCCUCAUGUCUGGCUCUGUGGAUCCCUCGUCCUAUCACAGAACUGGAGAAAAGGUUUGAGCGCGUAGACGUAAAACCAGUUUCAAACGUUUAAUCCUUUGUCUUUGCUGCCCGGCAUCUUCAGGACAGAUCAUUUUUAUGGAACGUUAGUUGUAAACCUCAGUGAUACAGUCAGUGGGUUUUGACAUCUUUUUAGAAAUGAAGUUUAUCGUUUGCUGCUCAGAUUAAAAGUC